AUGGAGUCACCAACCAACAGAUUUCUCAAUCUUCCCGCCAUGAUUUUCCCCGUGCUAUUGCUUUUUCUCAGAGCCUCGGCCGCCGCUGGAAUUGCACCUGACACGCUCAACAACGGUGGCAACAUCACCGACGGCGGGACGUUGGUCUCAUCCGGCAGCUCCUUCACGCUGGGCUUCUUCUCCCCGGCCGGCGUGCCAGCCAAGAGGUACCUUGGCAUCUGGUUCACCGCGUCCCCGGAUGCCGUCUGUUGGGUGGCCAACCGUGACACCCCCAUCAGCAACACCUCAGGAGUAGGAGUACUGGUGGUCGGCAGCACUGGGAGCCUUCGCCUUCUCGACGGCUCUGGGCAGACCGCGUGGUCCUCCAACACGACGAGUUCCGCUCCUGCCGUGGCGCAGCUGCUUGAGUCCGGUAACCUCGUCGUGCGCGAGCAGAGCAGCGGGAAAAUGCUCUGGCAGUCAUUCGACCACCCGUCGAACACCUUGCUCGCCGGCAUGAGAUUCGGCAAGGACCCGCAGACUGGCGCGGAGUGGUCGCUCACGUCGUGGCGCGCGCCGAACGACCCGUCAACCGGGGACUGCCGGCGUGUGAUGGACACCAGGGGCCUCCCGGACUGCGUCUCCUGGAAAGGCAACGCCAAGAAGUACCGAACGGGCCCCUGGAACGGGCUGUGGUUCAGCGGCGUCCCGGAGAUGGUGUCGUACUCGGAGCUGUUCUCCAACCAGGUCGUCGUCCGCCCCGACGAGAUCGCGUACAUCUUCAACACCUCGGCCGACGCGCCCUUCUCUCGCCUCGUGCUGAACGAGGUCGGCGUGCUGCAGCGGCUGGCAUGGGACCCCGCCAGCCGGGUGUGGAACGUCUUCGUGCAGGCGCCCAGGGACGUCUGCGACGACUACGCCAUGUGCGGUGCGUUCGGCCUGUGCAACGUGAACACGGCGUCCACGCUGUUCUGCAGCUGCGUCGUGGGGUUCAGCCCCGUCAACCCCUCGCAGUGGUCCAUGAGGGAGUCCGGUGGCGGGUGUCGGAGGAACGUGCCGCUGGAGUGCGGCAACGGGACGACGACGGACGGGUUCAGGGUGGUGCGGGGAGUGAAGCUCCCCGACACGGACAACACGACGGUGGACAUGGGCGCGACGCUGGAGCAGUGCAGGGUGAGGUGUCUCGCCAACUGCUCGUGCGUGGCCUAUGCCGCCGCCGACAUCCGAGGAGGCGGUGAUGGCACUGGCUGCGUCAUGUGGAAGGAUAACAUUGUUGAUGUCCGGUACGUAGACAAGGGGCAGGAUCUCUACCUGAGGUUGGCCAAGUCUGAAUUAGCUAACAGGAAGAGAACGGAUGUGGUAAAAAUCGUGCUUCCGGUUACGGCAUCUCUGCUUGCACUUGUGGCUGUUGCCCUGUACCUUGUUUGGAUAAGCAAACUGAGAGGCCGACGUCGAAACAAGGAUGUCCAGAAGAAAGCGAUGGUUGGAUACUUGACCACGUCACAUGAACUUGGUGAUGAAAAUCUAGAACUUUCAUUUGUUAGCUUUGAAGAUAUUGUUACUGCAACAGAUAACUUCUCUGAAGACAAUAUGCUUGGUCAAGGUGGAUUUGGGAAGGUUUACAAGGGUAUGCUGGGCGAGAAGAAAGAAGUUGCAAUCAAAAGGCUCGGUCAGGGUUCUGGACAAGGUGCAGAGGAAUUUAGAAAUGAAGUAGUUCUGAUUGCCAAAUUGCAGCACAGAAACCUCGUCAGACUUCUUGGUUGCUGCAUUCGGGGAGAUGAGAAAUUGCUGAUUUACGAAUAUUUGCCAAACAAAAGCUUGGAUUCCUUCAUUUUUGAUGCUUCAAGAAAGCAUGUGCUUGAUUGGCCAACACGGUUCAACAUAAUCAAAGGCAUAGCCAGAGGGCUUCUAUAUCUCCACCAAGAUUCAAGAUUAACAAUAAUUCAUAGAGAUCUUAAAGCAAGUAACAUCUUGUUAGACACAGAAAUGAGUCCCAAAAUAUCGGAUUUCGGUAUGGCAAGAAUCUUUGGGGGAAACCAGCAACUAGCAAACACUACCCGCGUUGUUGGGACAAAUGGCUAUAUGUCACCUGAAUAUGCAAUGGAAGGUGCAUUUUCGGUCAAGUCAGACACCUACAGCUUCGGUGUUCUGCUAUUGGAGAUUGUGAGUGGAAUAAAGAUCAGCUCACCACAUCUUCUGAUGGACUUUCCCAACCUUAUAGUCCAGGCAUGGAACUUAUGGAAGGAUGGCAAAAUAGAUGAUUUGGUAGACUCAUCUAUUAAGGAGAACUGUCCACUCGAUGAAGUUUCACGGUGCAUUCACAUAGGACUCUUAUGUGUUCAAGACAGUCCGGACUGGAGGCCACUCAUGUCAGACGUUUUAUCCAUGCUGGAGAACAAAACCACACUGCUCCCAAUACCAAUGCAAGCAGUGUAUUUUGUACGUAGGGAUGCUGAACCUGCAAGAGUUGGCAACAAUAGAGUAUUGUCCUUGAAUGCCAUGAGCUUCACGGAGGUAGAAGGCCGCUAA